AUGGAUGUUAAAGGAAUGCUAGAUUUACACUUGGUCUGGCCCUCAGUCUGCAAUAAAAAAUGCUUACCACCUUCUGGGAUUGUUUCGGGAGGACUCUUCCCCUGGAUCGCGUGGGCUCUCUGGAAAGCCCGUAAUAGAUAUGUGUUCGAAGGCUUACUGGCCUCGCCGGAAGAUACUCUUUCCUCUGCAAUCGUGCUAGCUCGGGAGUGGAGUGCCAAUAGUAAACCAGAAAAGCAACUAAGCAAUGGAAGAAAGUUUCACGAACUUCCACCUACCCAUGGAGCUACGGUGGUGAAAUCAGAUGCGGCUUGGAACUCUGACUCAAAGACGGCAGGCAUGGGUUGGGCCCUGCUUGCACAACCACAAACGCAAUCUUUUCAAAAGGUGAUGGAGUUCGUCUCCUCCCCCCUCAUGGCGGAAGGCUUGGCGCUUAGAGAGGCGGUGGCUACCUGCCGAAGGCUUGAGUUGAAGGCAUUGUGUUUUGAAUCUGAUUCGGCUCCGCUGAUUAAGAGUCUCAACUCAAAUCCCCGGACCCGGAGCUGCAUAGCAUUGUAG